AUGUCUAAAUAAAGUUUUUGGAAAAGGUUAUUUUGUGUAUGUACAGGAGAAGAGAAUAAUGAAUAGCGUCCUAAAUCUAGAUCAGUGUAAAAUCCAAUUUAAGGACAUUACUAAUAAUAAAAAUAGAUAUAGAAUCCAAUGGAAGAGAGUUAAAUUAGUAAUCAAUUGAAAACUAUGAAUUAAUGGAUUGAGUCACCAUAUCAAUUAAUUACUAAUAAUACUUAAUAAUGUUGUUUUUUGGUUCACAAAACUUCAAUGCAUAUUCCAAUUAAUAAAAAUUAAAUAGUAAACUAGCAAAAUCUCAACCAUUAUUUCGAUUAUUAAGAUGAAAGGAAAUUGCUCUUUGAUACAAAGCAAAAUAGAAUAGCUCCUAUAUAUUUAAGUAGAUAUAUCGCUGGUAGAAUGAAACCUGCUCAAAGGAUCCUUGAAAUAAAUAGUCAAUUUAAUUAACAUUCUAUCCAAGUAUUGAAAUCCUGAAUGGUAGUUUCUCAACCAAGGUAUCUCUGUUAUGGCUAUAGCCUAAAAUAUCCAACAUCUAAAAAUGGGAUGGUAAAAUUUAGAGUAAUUACAAUUAACUUAACUUGAUAUCUCUCUUAUUGGGGCUAAUUUUGCAACUCUCAAAUUAGAUUGGAAUCGUAUGCCUAUUGAUGCAAUCUUUAUUAAUCUUACUAAUUAUCGUAAAGAUUAAAAUGAAUAAGUUUACAAGGAAUUAAUCAAUGCUCUAAAAAUUAAUUCUGAUAUUGUCAUUUUACUUGCCGGCUAAAGAGUUUCAUUUAUCUAUGAUCUUCUCGCUAAAUUGACUGUUGAAAAUACUAAUUUAUCGUAUACUAAUUAUUUAACCAAAGCAUCUCUGUGGCUAUUGAAGAAUAAGAGAUUAUUUUUAAUAAUCGAGUUGAAUUUACUGUUAUAUUCAUGGGAGCAUUCUCUAAAUUAACCAGAUCACAUUUAGUUGAAGCACUUUAUGAAAGACUUAUUUAUUAAACCAAAUCUUACAAAGAAUUUGAAUUGUACACAAUUCUUUAACCAAUACUCAAUGAUCUCAUUGAUACCAUUGGAUGCAUUAAAGUAAUGAAGUUUUUCUUAGAUUCCCUUUCUAAUUCUAAGUAGAUUCAAGAUAUAACAUAUAAUUUCUUUCGAUUAUUAGAAUUAAAUAAAUUUAUCAAUAGAGAAAAAUUUCAUGAGGUAAAUAAAUAUAUCUUUUUAUUCAAGUACCUUGUAAAAUAUCCUAUUGUAUCCACUCCAUAGUUAAGUCCUUUAAAAAAGCCUCGAAAAAAUAGUAUAAUUUUUUAUUCGAUCUAGCUUUCUAAUAAUAACAAUCUGUUUCCUUUAAUUAUGAUCUCUAAGGAAAUAAAACUUAAUUAACUGAUUUCUUAUUAGAUGGAGACACAUUCACACCAAACAAUUACAACGCAAGUUAAGCUGAAGGUUUGAAAUGA